AACUUACUUUCACUCCUCCAACACGCAAACCCUCAGCAACGACCAUUGCAACGGCAACCUCCCCACCACCACCCACAAACAUCCACCACUCUGUUUCACGACCCGCAUCCUCCUCUGCGGCGACUUCAUACCUGAACAUGCACGACCAAGCGACUGAGAAAGCAGCGGCGGAGGAGCGUCUCGAGCAGCUGUUCAAGAAACUCGAUACGCGCGGCGAAGGCCACCUCGAUUACGACGGUUUGCGCGCCGGACUUGUCCGCAUAAACCACCCACUCAAGGAUGCGGACCACCUGAUCCAGGGGAUCCUCGCGGCGGUAGACACGUCCCGGGACGGACUGAUCCAGUACUCGGAGUUUCGGCGCUUCUUCGCGGGCGCGGAACAGGAACUCUGGCGCAUCUUUAACUCUGUCGACAUAGAUGGUAAUGGCCAUAUCGAUCGCAAGGAACUGGCGCUCGCGCUUUCCCGUGCACAUAUCGUUGUCGAUCCGCCCGAGAGGCUGGAGGAGUUCUUCCGCUCGUUUGAUAGGAAUAGCGAUGGAGAAAUAUCGUUCGAAGAGUGGAGGGACUUCCUCCUCUUCAUGCCUCACGACAAGGCAUCACUGCGCACCAUCUACAGCUACUACCUCUCGACCGUCAAUGUCAACCCCGAAGGAGACGUCAAUGUUAGCGAUGAGCUUAAUUUGCAGGGUUUAGGAUACUUUCUCGCUGGAGGUGUCGCUGGUGCGCUGUCGAGAACCGCGACUGCCCCUUUGGAUCGCCUCAAGGUAUACAUGAUCGCGCAGACCGGCAAGUCUGCCGUCGACGCUGUGGGUAAAGGCCAGCCUGUUGUGGCGGCAGCCACAGCUGCUAGACCCCUCGCGAAUGCGAUUGCGCAUGUCUGGAGGAGUGGAGGAAUUAGAGCUUUCUUCGCAGGUAACGGACUAAACGUGAUCAAGGUCUUGCCCGAAUCGGCCAUCAAGUUCGGCUCCUUUGAGGCCGCAAAGCGCACCUUCGCACGGAUGGAGGGCGCCGACGAUGUCACGAACAUCUCGCCGCUUGCUCGGUUCAUGGCUGGUGGUGUCGGUGGAGUUGUAUCGCAGUUCGCGGUUUAUCCGGUCGACACUCUGAAGUUUCGCCUGCAGUGCGAAAUGGUGGAGAACGGAUCCCGUGGAAACAAACUCGUGACCGAAGUGAUGCAGAAGACCUGGAAGGGCGGCUUGCCCAGUUUCUACCGCGGCCUCCCCCUCGCCCUUAUCGGAAUCUUCCCUUACUCCGCCAUCGACCUCGGCACGUUCGAAUACCUCAAGAGAGCCUACGUCAAGAAACACGCCAAAGCUCAUGGCACUCCAGAGGAGGAUAUCCGUGUGCCCAUAUGGGUGACGCUUUGUAUAGGAGCAACGAGCGGUAGUGUCGGUGCCACAAUGGUCUAUCCGAUCAACCUGCUUCGCACGCGUCUCCAGGCGCAGGGAACCUCACACCAUCCGCAGACCUACACUGGAAUGUGGGACGUCACCGUUCGUACCUUCAAGGCGGAGGGCAUGAGGGGUAUGUACCGUGGUUGGACUCCCAACCUUAUGAAGGUCAUCCCCGCUGUCUCCAUCUCCUACGCGGUCUACGAGAACCUGAAAACCGCCAUGGGACUGAAGUGAAGGUACUAGUAUGUGUUAUGUUGCGCUUCACGAUUUCAUUUUGUAUUUUCUUUCCCAGGUGUUUGUUUCAUUUUCAAUUUUCAUGUAGGGUGUUUGUUGGAUUGGGGGAUUUUUUUAAGCUACCUAGCGUUGAGAUUUCGUUUCAUUCAUUGUCUUCAGCGGGAGCAAAGGGGGGUCUCAUUUUCAUUUUCCUUUUCCUUUCCUUUUCCUUUUCCUUUUCCUUUUCCUUUUAAAUUCCCACGGUAAACCGACGGCGUUCCUGUUUCCUUAUUAUCCCUUUUCUUUUUCGUUUUCUAUAUUUGUGGAUUUAUGGUAUUUUCUGGGUUGUCUUUUGUGGGUUUGCUGUUGGUGUUGGCUAGAUGGAUGGUCAUAUGAUAUCACUCGGGUGGGUUGCACAUAGAGUAGAGGUAGAGCUGCGGAGCUGGUAAAUGAAUGGUUACAUACACGCA